CCAUGAUUAUCUGCUAAGUCUUGUCACUUCUCAUUUGAAUCCAUAUUGUUUUGGCAUGGUCAUAUUUUAAAGCUGCGUGUAGCUUCUUCAUUUAGUCAUUUGCUAAAGGUUAAGAAACAAUUAGGCAUGCACAACAAAUCACGGGGAAUAUUUAAUCAACGGACAGAGUCUAUAGGUGGGGACGAGAGUUGCAAGAUGUGCAGGUAAUAGUAGUUGAGUUUUUUUCACUUUAGACAGAAAAAGGAAAUCUCAGCCCCCUAAAAUAAUCUCUGAGAAAGACAUUGGUAAUUUCUCAGAACCUACACUGCUGGUCUUGCCAUGAACUCCAUCUUGGCUUGCUAGUUGGAGUAUAUGAUAGAAUGCAAUAAUCAGCUCAAAAACUCAAAUAUUUUUCUCUCGUUUCCAACUUCCAUCCUUGCACUUUCACUAGCUCCCUCAAGUCAAGCCUCAUGUGGCAUUGGCCAUAAAACUGUUAUUUUCCAUUGAUUAACUGCCGAUUCACCGCCCCUCUCAAACAUGUCUGUAGUUCUAUAUACUUUACUCUUUCUGCACAUAUCAUUUCCUUGUUACUAUGCUACCUAUACAUCAUCAUCCCCCCUGAGUACUCUCCUCCGGCAACAACCUCAACCGGGUGAAAACUCCUCCUCUUCUUCUAGAUCUCCAUGUCCUCUUGAUUUUGAUGCCUUCCGUAGGAAGUUUGAGAGUACCAGACGUCAUAGUUUGAAUAUCAGCAACCAGUGCCAUUAUAUCAGACAAGGCCUCCGUCUAGUCCAAUCGGACUACCUCCGUCGGACCAACUCCUUUUUUCCUCCCAUUAACACAACCAAGUCUUGCAAGAACUCCUAUCAAUCUCUAGUCAACCACUUCAUCCCUAACUUCAACAUUAGCCGUUCCUGUAGCAUCGACACCUCUUGUAUUUCUCUGCAUUGUAUGAAUAUCACCACGCGCUCUGAGUUUGAGUCUAAACUGUCUCCGCGCGCCCUAUCCAAUAUCAUCUCUUCUUGUAACCGUUCUCUUGAGAAUUAUCCCUCCUGCGACAACUGCACCAGAAGCCUCUACGAGGUAAUGGCUAGCCCUUCCGUCGCCAAAGUCUCCGAUUGUUUAGUCUACGUGUUUAAUUACGCUGCUGCCUUCGCCAAUCAUUUUGGGCCCACUAAUAAGGGUACUGCAAAAUGCUUGUUUGCUUCCCACGUUCAUACAGCAGCUACUUCCAGCAAAGGUAAGAAGAAUAAUUCUACCGACAUCAUUGUGAUAGCGGUAGGAAGUACAUUGGUUUUUAUUCUAGGUGUGUCUGGUUGUUGCUGGUUUUUGUGGCGGAGGAGGAGAAACAAGUUGAGUUGCAAGCGGACAAGUGCCAGAAGCGAAAGUAAUUUGGCUUCCCGUUUUGAUUUAAUGAGAGGAAGCGCUACUCUUGUUAGUUUUACUUUUGAUGAAAUCAAAGCUGCCACCAAAAAUUUCUCAAAUGAGCAUAUUAUUGGGAGAGGAGGGUAUGGGAAUGUGUACAAGGGUGUCUUGCCAGGUGGAUCUGAGGUUGCCUUGAAGAGGUUCAAGAAUUGUUCAGCUGGUGGACAUUCGGAUUUUAUUCAUGAAUUGGAGGUAAUUGCCAGUGUUAGGCAUGUGAAUUUGCUAGGCUUGAGGGGCUAUUGCACGGCCACAUCCCCUUUAGAGGGUCACCAGAGGAUAAUUGUUUGUGAUUUGGUGAAAAAUGGGAGUCUAUAUGAUCAUUUAUUUGGGUUGAGAUGCAACAGAUUGAGUUGGCCUAUUAGGCAGAAAAUUGCAAUUGGCACGGCUAGAGGCUUGGCUUACUUGCAUUAUGGGGCACAACCGGCUAUUAUUCAUAGGGAUAUAAAAGCUAAUAAUAUACUUUUAGAUGAGAAUUUUGAGCCUAAGGUUGCGGAUUUUGGAUUGGCAAAGUUUAACCCUGAGGGGAUGACCCACCUGAGCACUCGUGUAGCAGGGACGAUGGGAUACGUAGCGCCUGAAUAUGCAUUGUAUGGUCAAUUGACAGAAAGGAGCGAUGUGUACAGCUUUGGAGUCGUGCUUCUUGAGCUUUUGAGCGGGAAGAAAGCGCUUAUAGCAGUUAAUGAUGGAAAGCCAACGCUCAUGACAGAUUGGGCAUGGUCAGUGGUUAAAGAAGGGAAACCAUUAGAUGUUGUAGAGGACAAUAUUCCAGAUUUGGCUCAUCCAGAAAUUUUGGAGAAGUAUGUUAUGGUAGCUGUUCUUUGUUCUCACCCGCAAUUGUAUGCUAGGCCAAUGAUGGAUCAAGUCGUAAAGAUGUUGGAGGCUGACAUGCCAAUUCCAAAUAUACCAGAGAGGCCAAUUCCUUUCAUUGCUGAUCUUGAUGAUAUUGAGAGACCGGGUAGCAGUAAUGGCUCAGGUAAUAUGUCCAUAUCCACAAGUUUAACCCUUGGAAGAUGAGAGGUUCUGUUAUACAACAUUAGCUAAUAUAAUUGAGCUGCAUUGAAUUAUUUUGAAGUGUUUGAUUUGAUGUACUAUCCCUAAAAUGUACGACUACUAGUUAAUUAGAUCAUUCUUGGUUCAUUUGCAAUGGAUUUGUUUUGUCAAUAUGAA